AUGAUUUCUCGGUUGCUUCGAUUCUGUUCUCGACUCCUUGCUUACCUUGUUUAUUGCUUUGACUCAGGUUGGGAUGUAUUGAUAAAAAGAGAUGAAGGAGGGUUGAGGUUGGAAGAGAAUGAUGAAGGUUUGGGGAUGGCACGAAGAGGAGAAAAUAGGUUGUGGGGUCAGUUUAGAAGGUUUGUGGAAUGGAUUGGCUGCUUGUACAAUUUGUAA